CUUUCCGUCUCUUCGCUUCUUCUUCUUCGAUCAACGACCACAGAGCAUCUUUUUCUUCUCCUCUACACAGUAGAGCGUGGACGACCAUGUGCAGAGAGCAAAUCAGGAGGGAUGAUCUGGAGUCUCUUGGCUAUAUGAUUAUGUAUUUUCUUCAAGGAAGCUCCAUCAAGUUGUGGGCUCUAAGUGGCGAAGUUCUAAGUCACGACUCUUCACCAAGGUGGUUUGUUUGGUACAGUGGAGUACCAGCUUCACAGCAGAACCUUGAAGACACUGAUGAAACUUGUGCAGAUUCAAGAUAUCAUUUUGAUCAUGGAAGUGGUUCUCAGGUUCUUGGUUCCAGGAGACAUGACGGUUGGACACUUCAUUCACAUGCUGCUCCCAUGGACUCUUUGAACAAUACUGCCGUCUCCAAGCCCAGCUUCAAAAGCAGAGGAGAUGAGAGCAUGCUUAAGAUCACUAAGACGAAACCACAAGUAAGAAAAACGUUUUAUUUUUAAGAGCUUAGAUAUGAGGUUAGUUUAAUAGAACUUGAAUUGUUAUUGCUUAGUUUAACAGGUAGUGAUUCUAGUGAACAUGUAUUGCUCAGUCUGAUAGGACUUGAAUUGUUAGCCUUUAUUAAGUUGAAGUUAUGAAUGAUAUUACUUGAUCCGAUCAAGUUGAUCGUUUAGAC